GUCAGUGAAUGAAUAUGUGUUGUUCUAACCCAAUGGUCUAUCCCCUAAAUAUGUAAAUACGUAUGAUGGGUGUGAUAUGCUGACAUCACACAGUCUCUAGUGGAUUGCUUCAUAUAGGUGUGGCUAAAACUGUCAGCUGUUUAUGAGAAAUCAUAUGGGGACAAACUAAAACCAGUCAAUGUGACUGCAGCUGAAAAAGCAGAAGAAUGGAAGACCUGGUUACCAGUUUUACCAGGUUAUCAAAAACAUGAAGAGAAUGAACAAAGCGGCUUUUUCCAUCAACAGGAAGCAAGCGUCUGUUUACAUUUUUAGCCUUAACAGGCACAAUUCUCCAUCAGUGUUCUUCAAAUGCCAUAAAUCACAACCAUGACAGCUUUUGGAGAGGGAUUUCGGUGGCUGUGCACCCUUUUUGGAUUCAUUUUUUAUUUAGGAGACAUUGGUUCCGACAUUUUGUUAUCCGUGCAGUAUUUUAGAAGUGGACAUGUCACAUGGGCUGCACUGACUCUGACGUUUGUUCUGGUCGCAUCUGUGACCGUACAGACAUUUAGCUAUGCGUGGUUCAAAGACGACAACAAGGAGAGUCAAAAAAAUGUCAAGUGUAAUCCCACUUGCUGUCUGAUCGGGAUACAUUUACUGCAGAUUGGCAUUUGCUCAAGGUAUCUCCAAUUCCUAAAGAAGAAAUUUAAAGCCCUUUGUUCACGUCAGAUGGAUGAUGAAGAGAAGAACUAUGCCAUUGGGCUGGCUGCAGAUCUCAGCAUGCUCCGUAUGUUUGAGACGUUUCUGGAGAGCGUUCCUCAACUCACUCUGCAGACCUACAUCAUACUGGAGCACAACCAUCGCUCCAAUCUGCAAUACAUCAGCAUGGCCAUGUCUUUCGUCACUAUAGCCUGGUCAACUGUGGAUUAUCGACGCUGCUUACGGUCCUCUUUAGCGUAUGCAAAUGAAAUGCCAUCUGGAAGCCCAACAGCCAUCUACCUGUUCUACAAAAUCUUCACCAUCACUCCUCGAAUCCUCAGCCUGACGCUCUUCCUCAUGCUCUCCUACUUCACCAUUCCAGCAAUAGCGCUUGUUUGGCUGGUGGGAACCACCUGGGCAUUUUUGGAAGAGACUGAUUUCUGCACUUCACGAGUCCUUGAAUGGAUCUAUCGAGCCAUAGUUGGAUUUAUUCUCAUUUUUACCUUUUUUAACAUUAGGGGACAGAACACUAAAGUCCCCAUGACUGUGUAUUACAUAUUCAGCGUAACUGAAAAUCUUUCCGCACCCAUAUUGUUGGCUCUGCUUAAACCGGAGUCUGAAGGCACGGACUAUUUCCUGCCCAUAAUACUUUUUAUUUUAUUUUCGAAUUCAAUAGGACUGAUUUUUCUGGCAGUUUAUUACAGCCGCCUUCAUCCUCGUGUGCCUCCGGCCCAGAUAGCAGAUGAAAUUGAUGGAGCUCCUAGUCAGAAUGAAAAAAAGACACGUUUGAAAAACUUUUUACAAAUAUAACAAUCUUGCUCAGCAAAAGUCUACAUUUGAAUGGUCUAAAUGCCAGUAGCACUCAAUUUAACAAUACAGUUUUGCAUGUACAUACUAUACUAUACAUAUCAUAGUCAUUAUUUAAACUGGAUAACCUCAUGACUCCUGAACUUAACCUUAAAGCUAUAGUUCACACCAAAAUGAAAAUUACCUCACCAUUUACACUUCCUUGUGUGGUUUUAAACAUUUAUGUGUUUCUAUAUUCCAUUGAACAUGAAAGAAGUAUAAUGCUGGGUUAUGGUACCUAUCGACUUCCAUAGUCAUUUUUACCAAUUCAAGUCAAUGGAUACCAUCAACUAGCAUUUUUCAAAAUAUCUUCUUUUGUGUUUAAACAAAAAAUAGAGUCUCAAAAAGGUUUAAAACCACUUGAGGGAGAGUAAAUGAUGAGGUCAUUUUCUUUAUGGGUAUCCCUUCAAGCCAUGUAGUUAUCUUAUUUAACUCAGUACACUGCUAGUGCACGUUACAUAAAAUAAUGUACAGCCAACAUGUCUGAAAGCUGCUAAGGAAGGUAUCUAAUUUUACUCGUACGAAAUGUUGAUCUUUAGAGGUUUUAUUGAACUUGUAUAUGAAUAAGACUUCGGGUUAUUUGAUAUGUUCCUAAUAUGUUCAGUUUGCACUCACACUGUGAUCCUUUUGUCUAAAGCAGUGGUCACCAACCUUGUUCCUGGAGAUCUACCUUCCUGCAAAUUUCAGUUACAACCCUGAACAAACACACCUGUCUCUAAUUAUCAAGUGCUGCUCAUAAUUAUAUCCCACAUAGCAAAAUAUCUCUGGCCCAGCUCUGGCCCACACAAUCAGCUGUUGCUUGGCCCACAUGCCGCAGUGAAUUACAGUACAUGACUGGACCUUAAAGACGGUGACACCUCUGCCAAACCAGGCCCAUGUUUGGCCCACAUGCUGUAUGCCACUGCCAGAUGAAUGCCUGCUGUGCCAAAUUUAUGCCAAAUCUGGGCCAGAAUUCUUUGCUACCUGGGAUGGUUUAGGUGUGUUUGAACAGGGUUGGAGCUGAAUUCUGCUGGAUAGUUCUCCAGGAACAAGGUUGGAAAAAUUUCUCACUAUUUACUUCAUUUAGUGGUUAUAAACUUUUAUGAAUUUCAUUUUAUUCCUCCCUAAUUUAAUGCAGAGGUCAACAGAGCACUAGAAAAGCAGUUCAAGGAGUUGCAGAGCCUGUUUUAUUAAGUUAUGAUGAGCUAUAAAUACUAUGUGUGUAAAGUGUGUAAUUAUGUAUUUAUUUUAAGCUUGAUGCAGAUCAAUGCUGCGCCAUGCUGUAGCAAGCCUAAGUUAUGCUGCCCUAACAUGAUGCCGGAAAUUACUUAAAUGUGAAUUGUAUUUUAUAAAAUGCAUGUAACUAGAUAACAGAAGUUAGA